AAAUUUGUCCGUAUACUUGAUUAGAUUAUAAUUAUCUAAGUUAAAACAGGUAUAAAAGUUGAAGUGCAUUUAAAAAAAGUACAUCAUUUCUGGUUAAAAGUUCGAUCAUAAAGGCUUGUAAUUUGUACCGUUAAUGAAAAAUCUUAUAAAUAAUAAAUAUAAAAAGCAGAAUAUUAUAAUCUAAUAAAGAUGACUUCGAAAUCAUCUGAAAAUUUACAAUCUAACGAUAAAAUUGAUUACUCAGAGGAAAUAAUCGAAGAAUUAUUUGGCGUAAAGCUUCCAGCCGAUUGGAAUGACUUGAAGAGAGAUGAAAAGAGUAAAUUAACAUAUCAAUGGGUACGUGAUGCAUUUCCAAAUGUACCAGAAUCACUAGUUCCAAUGACAGCCGGUUUGUCAGUAGACGGUGACUCUGGAAAAUCAACGGAAGAAAUACCCGCUUGGUUGGACCGCGAGAAAUUCGAGCGCGGUCAAAAAUUUGCUCAGGAUAAUAUUUUAGGAUUGUUUUUCUCUGUACUUUUAACUUUGUUUGGAUCUGUUUCAUUUGAGGAAGGUCUCAAGCCUUUGGUUCUCACUGGAAAAUCUGCCGAGCCUUAUGCAGCAUUUAAAAGAUACCUGGCGACCGGAAUACGAGUACGACAUUGGUAUACCAGCGAUCCUUGGACAGAAGGAACUCCCGCGUACAACGGCAUAAAUGUAGUACGACGAAUUCACACAAUCACUCGUAAAAAUGCAAACUCAAUGUCUGAUGAAGAAAUAACGACAGCUGCGAUGGUUGAGAAUCCAUUUUCACCGACGAAAAAUAUUUUAUUGCAAGAUUUCCGAUCAUCAUGUCCUGUAACUUUACCUGGACAAUGCCCUUUUGCAAUUAAAUCUCAAGGCUCCGUAAAAUUAAAAAGAAUGCAUCAAUGUGAAAUGGCUAGUUCACAAGGCGGGUUUGUUUCCUUAGUUGUUCUUCAUCCUCAACUGUUAGGUAUUCAUGAUGCAACGGAGAAAGAACUUGAUGAUUUUUGCUAUGUUCGGAGAUGUAUUGGUUAUCGUCUUGGUAUCGAAGAUGAGUUCAAUUUCUGCCGAGGAACAUUGAACGACAUCAAACAACGUUCCGCAGACUUUUUAAAUCUCUGGAUAAAAGCUAAUUUCCGUGAUAUUACACCAGAAUUUGAGCAUGUGAUGAGAUGUUUAACUGCUGGUUCAAGCUAUUAUCUUGCCGACGUUUCUUACGAAGUUAGCCUGCUAUAUUUCACGGAACUGUUGAAUCUGGAUAUGCCACGAUUACGUGCGGCACUGAGUUACAGCGAUUGGAUAAAACAUAAAUUUAUUAAAUUUUUAAUGUACUAUGCGAUGCGAAUACCUCAACUAAAAAAAUUUUUGAAUGCCCGAAUAAAUAAACAUCUAAACGACGCAUUGAAAUUUACAAAUGAAAAGCAUGCAGAGUUACAAGAAAAGUCAUCAAAACUUUUAUCAUCUGUAAUAUCUAAAAAAAAUGACAAUUACUUUAAUCAAUAUACAUUUACUAAACUUUUAUUUUUAAUUGUAUUCUUUUUAUUUGGUUGUUUGAGUUUGUUUUGAGCACAGUAUGAAAUAAAUAGUUCUGAAC